AUGGAGCCACAGGAGGAAACGAUCUAUUCGAGCUCUGCGUGUGAGCACGAAAUGAUUCCGCUUCAAGAUCAUUCGAGUCCGAGAGGAAUCGGAAACGGAACAGGAGUCGGCUCGAGCGUUCCGAUGGCAUUGGCCAUGAACGGAAUGAAUGGAAUCGUGAAGACAAGACGCAAGUUAAUGAUUGAAGACCCGGACAUUUCUAACGCCCUCUACAUCAUUGUGUGUCAAUUCCCAGUGAGUCCUUACCUGAUCCUCCAAAACCCUCACAAGUUCAGAACUGCCGCCGCCUAUACAAUUGGCGUGUCAAGUUCGGAAAACUGCGCCUCCUGGACCACGCGCUGACCCAUUCCACCACAAGAAUCUCGUGCAAGAUCUGCGGAUACAACGCGCUGAACGUCCGCCGAAUGCGUUCGCAUUACGCGAGAGAACAUCCGACCGAACGCGCUCACGGAUACGGAAUAAAGAUGUUGAUCAGAGGAGAUCCGAACGGCGAGAAUGACGGAAUUCAGAUGGACGAAAACGAACUGAAGGAGUUGUGGGAAACGUGCUACCGUCCGUGGAUCAAUCUUGUCGGAGAGGCGAGCGGCGUACGGGAGGGCGAACAGCCCAGAAGAGCUCCGCAGAAGAAGCGGGUCGCCAAAGAGGCACCGGAGCCGGAGACGGCUAAAAGGACCAGAUCGUUCAGCAAGAGAUCCUCCAACACAUUCGGAUAA